UUCAGCGGACCAACAUUCCCAUGCUCAGUAGUCCAGAGUACAGCAUGGCGCUCGUGAGUGUUUUCCUCCUGCUGUUAGCGGUCCACCAGUCCGCCUGCCUGUCCAUCGCCUGCCUGGUGAGCCCCGGGUCCCUCACCAACCCGUGCCCCGAGCCCCCCGCCGACUGUGAGCUGGUGAGCGGCGUGUGCGGCUGUCAGGUGUGCGCCAGCCAGGAGGGGGAGGCAUGCGGCAUCACUAACCCCGGGUGUGCUAGCGGCCUGACAUGUGUGUACCCCACCUGUGAGGACACGGUGCAGGAGUACGUGCAGCCUGACGGGACCGUCCUGCAGGCCAUCUCGCCCUGCCUGUGGAACUGGCGCCCGGGGACCUGCCAAACCUCCCCGCUUAACGGUUUUUACCCUUCCGGUUAGUCAGCGACAGUGCGAGGUCACGUGCUGAUCACUAUAGAAAGAUGAAGCCAGCGCCAAUGGAAGGACGAGACUGGGUUUCUCUUUGAAUAAAUGCACGUAUGGGGGUGA